GUGGGUGUCUUUCCACCGGGAGCACCGAAUCGCUGCUGGCGCAGGAUGUGCAUCCUUCGACUGGCUGCUGCAAGUGAUGCCAAGUGCGGAUCUUGCUGCCAUGACCGAGUGUUGGACGGACUCCGGAUCGCUCCAGGACCUCUCGACCAAGGCCGCCGACGCCUUCAGAGACAGCGCCGUAGCGACUGCGGACGCCCGUGUCAACACAG